AUGGGUAAUUUGCAUGAUGGCUAUCUAACUUCUCGGCCAACUUCCGCUAUGAUGCCUGGUACAAAUUAUGAUAUUCCCUUUCGCUUGACAGCCUAGUAUUCACCAAUAAUAUAUUUACAUCAAAACCUGUCAAUUUGUCAGCCAAACGCAGUCCUUCAUGUUACGUGUUAGUUGCGACUCUUUGUAUACUUUCCUCCUCGCAUCCUUUAACUUAGCGCACAUUAUCACUGCAACAUAGACUUCUAUACUUACUCGCACGACCAUACGUGCCUACGCUUCCGGGUGGAAAUGAGUGCACCGGCAGCUGGACUACUGCCUUUAUUGCUGCUCAUCCUUACAGCUUCAGCGCAGCCCGUUGACAACAUUGAUGCUUUGUUCAACUGGAUAAGAGGCUUAGGCGGCGAGGUGCAUGCCGAGGUCAAGGUAGACAGUAAUGGCGUGCGUGGUUUGUAUGCUACCAAGGCCAUCGCAACGAUGGAGAACAUCGCAGCAAUACCCUCUGCGGCCAUUAUUAACGCAGGGUCUUUUCUGGAGUCGUUUUCGGUUCCUACCCUGACGGUGCUGCGAGAGUGGAAGGACCCGCACAGCCGGUUCAAGCCGUAUAUCGACACCUGGCCGGGGCCCGAUGCCGUACUGAACUCCUGCAACAUGGCAGCCAAGUACGCGCCCAUGUGGAAGAACGAGCACUGGGAGAAGACGGCGUUGGAGUGGGACAGCUUCCUGCUGUCGCUGCACAACGGCAGCAUGAACGUGGACCUGGAGUACACGGUCAAGGAGGUGGUGGGCAACCAGCCGGUCAGUCUGGAGGACCUGAGAUACGCAUGCGCCAUCUCCUCCACCCGCUACGUGUCCACCACCCGUCGCAAGCGGCUGCUGAUGGCUCCCGUGUUCGAUCUGGCCAAUCACGAGCGCGACUGCGACAACAUGCUGAGCACGUACGAGGGGGAGGACUUCCUGUACUUCAUAGCCGCUAAGGACCUGCAGCCGGGUGACGAGAUCUGCUACAGCUACGGAGCGCUGCGGGAUGACUACGCAGUGGCACAUUACGGCUUCCUGCCCCGGCUGGAGGACCCUCCGCGGCUGUCGCUGGUGGAUCACCGGGACUUCAAACCCGACGUGCCGUACAGCCAUGACGAACCGCCCUCGGAGGAGCCCUUCGUCGGCACGCCCGAGGAGCUGCGUGCGGAGCUGCAGCGGCUGCGGUCCAUCCGCAAUCACAUCACCGGCACACCGGACGCACUGCCGCCGCAGCCGCGCGGUCAGGACCCCAUCUACGACCUGUUGAAAGACCUGGAGGCGCGGCGGCUGAACGCGAUUGAUUACGAGAUGGCGCGCAUUGAGGGGCUGCUGCGGGGGAAGGAGGAGCUAUGAGGAGGCGGCAGGGGCGCUGUUGGAACGGAAGGGACAUGAGGUUUUGGCAGCUGUGAGACAGGCAGGGCAGCUGAGUAGUUCUGCUGGGCGUUUUUAGUUGCCCAGCAGGGUCGGAGGUAACGGGGCCUGAAGGGUAGGGUAGGUGGGCAUGUGGCCUUUGAGAGGGCGUGGUGGGACGUGUUGGCUGUGGGAGGACUUGGGGGAACACCUUGGAUGACACAGCGAUUCGUCGUGCGAAACAGGGGGGUCGCCCGCCUGGUAUACCGUAUGGGCGAGUGGGCGAGGUCAUGUCGUGUCCUUCAGCUAACCGUCUGGGUGCUGUGGAGGGUAGCUGGCAGGGUUGGGGUACCGGUAAUGUGAGCCUGAGGCCUUGGAAACGUUGGGGUUUGAGAGCGCGGGGGUUUAGACGAGCACUCGUAACGUCGUGCUGACGUCACACAAGAACCUAAGCAGUUAAGCCUGCAGUGGCUAUGCCAAAUUUGGGAGGGCUUGGACGCUGCUGCCAACGCAGCAUAUACCGGUACGGUGCUUUGACUCGAGGACGCCUCCGAGGGGCUUUGAGAGUGGUAGCGCUGUGCCGUAGGCCUUGCAGCGCAGCACUGCACUGCGAACACGCUGCUUAAGCGCUGACAUUGCAUGUCUGCAUUCCCAGUUCACCUAGUUACUGUUCGCAUGUCUCGUGCAACGCCUAACCCAGCCUGUCGUACCGUUUGUACAACGGUUUGCGGUUUCUUGAGUAUGACCUGUCUUGUCUACUCGAAUGCCAUUUGCACACGUGUGUAUCCUCGUAUGUGUGACCCGCCGGUGCUGCUUGUUGGGCCUACACCGGAAUGUGCUGGUAGUGUAGUGCGAGCAGUGUAAUAGGAUUGCUUACUGGUAAUUUAUCCUUUCAGGUGCCUAACGUAUUAUUCGCGCAGUCUCAUGUUGUGGUUCGUUGUUGACCUAGUACGACAUCCUGUGUUGUCCCUUGUCCGGGCAAUUCUUUCGGACGGGGGAUGCAGUUUUGCGGUGGUGACGUACAAGGGAUGGCAAGAGAGUCGGGUGGUGGCUGACAAACAUCCAUGAGUCGGACACCCGUGUAAGGGGGCCUCGUUUGAGCAACCCUAUCCAUCCCCCGCUCGUAAACCUGCGUGCAAACGCGGCUAUGUAGUGGAGCAAUUAAGCAAAACGCGUAAAUCCCUCCAUGUAAACGUAUAAGGCUGA